CGAUCUCGUCCGCGACGCGUAUUUUCGUUUUAAUCAUAACCAUAAUUACGUAUAAACGUAUAUAAAUAUAUAUUUAUGAACUGAACGAAUGUUUAAUAAUAUAACAUUAUAAUUUAAUAUAUUGAAAUAAAAUCGUUAAUUUUUUUUUCGCUCGUGUUCCGAGUGUGCGCGUAUUCUGUUCCGUGUGCGCGCUCGUUCUUCUCAUACCAAAGGUAUUUACUACAUAAAUCGUCAUGAGCAUGUUUUUAAAGCGCGCCAUGGUACGCGUUUAGAUUCGGUGUUCAAUCGUAGGCACUCGUGUUUUACGGGUUUUUUUCCCCUGUCGUUUGGUUUGCAUUAAAUCCGUUUUUAGUUUUUCACUCGAGCCGGUAUUUGAUACGUUUCCGCGAGUGUUCCCGUAGCAUGCGCGAUUUCCACAGGUUUUCUAACGACCCGUACCGGUGUGUUGAUGGUGUUGACGUUGACGCGGUCCCGCCGCGACACAUGCCGUCGUCGACAAAGGUACUGCGGUCACCGGUGAUUGUAGUCGCGCGAUCGUCCGCACGUUGUGGCCAUGACGUGUUCACAUUCGACGCGGCGAUAUGAGUACCGCUGUCGGAGUCGACCAGUGAUCGGAGCAUUACCGAAAUCGGUAGCAUCAGUAGUAGUAGUAGGAGUAGGUGUAGCAGUAGAAGUAGUAGCAACAGUUGUUCGGAGAACGGACGUCCGUACGUAAAACACGAACCGUCGGCUGUUUGGGCACGGAGGAAACGACGGAGAAAACGGCGGCGACGACGACGACGACGACGACGACUGCUGACAUACGACUCGACCAGCACGGUCGAGAUGGAAGACGACCACCUAAGCGAUCAGCAGGUGAACAACCCGCACAUAAACAAAGUGCUGAAGACGUACCAGAUGAGCGCACCCAGGAGCCUGCAGGGACCGAACUCGGUGCUUGACGAACCGUCCGGUGCCGCGGUGGCCGUGUGCUCGCCCAAACCGCCAAUGGCCAACGCGACAGGUGGCGACUCCGAGUCCGGCGGCGUUGGCGGCGGCCGGAAGACGCCGGCGCCGGCGCCACCGCCUCCGCCGCCCCUGCACCCGGUGCUGUACGUGCCGGACCAGUCGGGAUGCGAGCUGUUCGAGACGGAGCUGGAAUGGGAGAAGAUAGCUUGCUUCAUGGUGGGCGGCGAGAUGCGGCUGUGCCUGCCGCAGAUCCUCAACACGGUGCUCCGGGACUUCACGCUUACCCAGAUCAACCAGGUGUGCGAUGAGUUGCGCAUCUACUGUUCGCGGUGCACGCCCGAGCAGUUGGACAUGCUCAAGCACUGCCAGAUACUGCCGGUGACGGCGCCUUCGUGCGGUCUGAUGACCAAGACGAACGCCGAGCGGCUGUGCUUCGCGCUGCUCCACCGGGUCCCGCCGCCCGCGGCCCCGGUGCCCGAAGACGUGGUCACGUUCUCUUUCGAGGUGUUCCACGACGUGUUCGGCAAGACCCGGGGCGUGUGCAUGCCCGAGCUGUACACGGAAAAGUUCUCGGCGUGCAUACAGUGCGUCGAGUGUAAGGCGCUGUUCGCGCCCCAGCGGUUCGUCAACCACAUACACCGGUUCACGGGCACCAACUCGUGCCACUGGGGCUACAAGCGCGAGAACUGGAAAGCGUACGUCAAGGUGUCGCACGGGCACCCGGACUACGCACAAGUGGUCAACCUGUUCGAGACGUUCAAGGAGCAGAUCGACGAGUCGGCCACCGCACACUUUUCCUCCAGGAAACGAAAGCAGUUGAUGGAACUUGUGCCCGUUUCAUGUACGGUUCGCCCGUCCAGGGCCGAGACGCCGCCGCCGUCGUUGAAGAGGACAAAGCUCGAGGACACGCCGCCCGCGUUGCCCACGGCGGCUUACUACUCGGCGCUGAGCAUGGCACCCACGUUGCCUAAUUACAUGGUGGACCCAUUUCACUAUUUCUACGGUGCGUGGGUUCCGCCGCCCGCUGCCAUGUACAUGAACAACUCGCAUCAUCUGUACAGAAACGACAGUUUGAUCAAGAGGGAGAGACCGCCGAGGCUAGUGGAUCCGCAAAAAGUCAUAUCUCACACGCAGUCCGAACAGUUCGGCAGGAGUUUUCAACCGAACGUUGCGUUGGCGCCUCCCACCAAACACAACGGCAAUGCUAACGCUAGCAAUAUCCUGGGCCAUCACCACAACCUUCACUAUCAAAACUCUAACAAUGUCAACAACAACAACAAUAAUAAUAAUAACAGCAGUAAUAACAACAACAACACCGCCAAACCGACGGUAAAAUUUAAAGACAAAGAGGACGAUGAACAGGAAAAUAAAGAUAUUAUCCCUACUCAAGAGUCCGAGAGGAGAUACAACAGUGUUGCCGCCAGUGUUAUGGAGCAAGUGGCCGCUGUUUUGGAUGCCUUAAGCGAUGCUAAGGAGACGACGCGACAGCAAGUGAUCGGAUUGGUCGAGCGGAUUGCCCUGCGGCUUGAAAAAGUCGAAUCAAAAAAUCAGCAACUCAUCCGAGAGAACGAAAUACUUAAAAACCAAUUGAACACGAAGAGGCAUACGAACAAAGAAGAUCCGUUCUUAGUAGAAGACUGUAUGAUGAUUAAAUGGGAAAACAGCGGUGGUAUUGACCAAGAACACAGUAAAUCCAAUAGUUUGCCAUUAAUGAACAAGAGGUGUAGUCCAGUGUCCGUGAUAACCUCACCAUCAUGUCUGCCCAAAACACCUCCACCCCAUAAUCUACAGUCCAACAUCAUGGCCGCUACCACUGCUACCAUUACAGCCACAUCAGUGUUGAUCAAAUCGGAAUCCAUCGACUGAUUAUUAUAAUUGCAGCUUGCUGUUUACUUAUUAUUAUUAAUUAUUAUUAUUUAAUUUAAUAUUGCUACCACCGACAAUUGAUCUCUCCUUAAAAAAAAUAAAAAUAAAAAUAAAAGUAAAUAAUAAUAUUUAUAAAUUAUACAAGCUUUUUAUAAUA